AGAUCUGAGCAUCACCAAGUGACGGCAAACAUCCUAAUCCCUUGAUUCUGUCCAGCUACGUGGCCCCCAUUUGCAUAUUUUUAAAGUUUGGCCCAAGUUACGUGAAACACCCGUGCAUCAGCCAAAAACUGACGCGUGCGUGGCAGAAACGCAGCCUGCUUGCGCGUGCCAAUAAGUCGCGAGCCCCUUAUCAAGCACGCAGCUAUACUUCCUUUCCUUGUCGGAUGCGCUAUGCGAGCGCGUGUGCGUCCGGAUACCAAAUGCAAUCGCUGUCAACGCCGCUUGUUUACGUAAAGUUGGCACCACGCUCGACGUUUGAUCCUGGCACAUCUGCAUUUGAGAAGCUUUUUUCUUCGCUGUAAAGUCGCCAAGAAGUGCUGCAUCCGGCGGGUGUCGACAUUUAAGGGACCCGUAAAAACGAUCGAGAUUCAUCAGGCACAAGUUUGCCAGUUGCCGACCACCAAGUCCCUCGCAGAGUGAGACACCCCCCCAGCCACCGCCAUGAUCUUCGGCAUCAUCUUGGGCAUCGUGCUGUUCGUCAUCAUCAGCAUCUCGCUAAUCGGCCUGUACGUGGCAUUCAAGCGCUUCUGCUCGGACACAAAGGACUAUGGCAUGAUCAACGCCAAUUCAACCAUCAAGCACGGUCGUCUGUACCCGGUGCUCAACUACAAGGACUGCGACGACGACGGGCCCGGGGGUUCGGGCUCGACCACGCAGUGCCUGGACAACCACGACCUGGACGUGCCUGACAUCAAGGUGCCCGGAAGUCCCGGGGCCGACCACCACGAAGACCUGAGCUGCAUGCCGCUGACGGGGGAGAAAGAGCCGGACUACGCGACGCCCGUAAGCCUCACGAAACCGUACGGUGCACCUCCGUCGCCGUCGCAGAACCACCACUCCACCGAGGCCUCCGCCGCUGCUGCCACGUCUUCGACCUGGAAGCCGCCUGAGGAACACAGCACCGUAAGCCACGUCAACGAGGGCUUUCACGGAGGUCCAUCCGAGCCUUCCAGUGGUGGCGGCGCUGUGUUCGGAGGAGCCCGUGCUGCCGUUCACAAUUCUGACGAAGACGGGGAGGAGUGAAUCAAAGUUUCUUACAAAACUUACUGGAAGGAACUCUGGCGAUCCGUUCGUCUAGGGGGGCCAUUCUGUAAGUGUCCACUUAAUGGAUAUGUCCAUUUCGUCUGCUGCUAGAGUGCUGAUUGGCAGGGGCGCCUGCCUCCUUCUGACACGUACCCCAGCAACCAAUCAGAACUUCAGCAGCAGACGAAAUGUCUACUAAGUGGACACUUACAGAAUACUGCGCCCCCCCCCCCCCCCUACCCGGGCCGAUGCUACGGGAAUAACGGUUAGUACUUGGAUUUGUCUAAUAUUCGUCCGUGUGGCUUCAAAUCAAAUCAAAUGAAAUCAAAUUUUAUUUCGUUCCUUUAACGUCAUCUUUAUUGCGCUUUACCUUUCUAAGUUUCUAAAGCACUCAUCGUUUUCUAAACACACCAAGGCGAUUCGCCACUGCGCCCUUGCGUAAUCAUUGCGAAUUGUUGCAUUUGUAACGCACUAUGUUGUUGAAACUGGUCAAUUUGCGAAGUCACAAAGCCGUUUGAAGCCACAAGGACGAAGCUUAGGCAAAUCCGUCUACUGCCCAUCAUUCCCGUGCUGGUCGAGCCGCCAUGUUUGCAGCUCCCGUCGACACCAGCGCCUGAGUUUACUCUAGUUAUUUUUGUGGGAAACUCUGUAUGGAGUGAAUAGUUCAUAAACUCUCGGGAGAGUGCGGGGUUGCGAAGUACUGGGCGUCGUUCAAUUCCGCCAGAUUGUCGAAUUCGCCAUCUUGCUAGUUCUGAUUGUCUCGCAGGGCUGCUACAGCCUCUCUGAUUGGCUCAGAACGCCGCCAAUACAGAAUUUGACAGUGCUCAGAAUGAAACCGCGCGGGGGCAGCCACGUGACGUUCCACGGAUAACGUAGUUGUCACGUGAAGUUUCAUUGGCCGCAGGGUUGUUUCUUUGGUUCUAUAAUACCCACAACUGAAAAAAAAAAGUUUAGGCAAUGGCGUAGUUUGUAACGAUUAUUUUCCUUUGAUGCUAAUUCUCUUCAUAUCAUCCACUGUGACGUCAGUGCGGCGGCUUGCGAGCCAAUGCCGGAGAGAGAAGCGCGCGGAAAAAGGAAAUAAAUCGCUACAAAAACACGGCACCGCCGCAAAGUAGUGAUUUUUCGACACACACACACACACACAUACAGGGUGUUUCAGCGAACACUUUCAAAAUUUAAUUAAGGUUGCCUGUGGCAGAUAGCCCAAUUCUAGUUAAUGAGCUGGUCUACUCGAAGAGGCGGACAUUACUUGCACAAAAAUUGAAAUGCAUAAUCGACUAAUUAACAAACAUUACUCAUUAAGUUUUUAACUAAUUACCUGAUGGCCCAUAUUGCAAUUUACAAAUUGUAGCAGUGGAGCUCGCAAGACGGAUCCACUUAGAAUUAAUUCUCAGGAUGACACCAGUUUCGAGAUAUUAACUCCCGAACUUUGCGGAGAAAUGCAUUGGCGUUCCAGUUAAUUUUGUGCUUCAGUGCAAAAAGCGACGUUUUGUUAAGAACCUAACUGGAACGCCAAUGCAUUUCUCCGCAAUAUUCGGGAAUUAAUAUCUCGAAACAGGUGUGAUCCCGAGAAUUCGUUCCAAGUGGAUCCGCCUUG